AUGUCGAGUGGUGAUAUCAGUGAGAAACAUGACAUUGACACUCUUCGGCCAGUUCGAACAGCUGAGAGUGUAUUUCUUCCCAUCUCCCGGGAUGCUUUCGAAAAGCUUUACUUGAGUCCUAAACAUCCCUCUGUCAAAGGUGACUUGCGUAAACAAGUAGGCAAUCCUACUCCAAUUUCACUAAUCGGAUUCCUGGUCUCUGCCACUCCCCACGCUUUUAUCACUAUGGGCAUCAGGGGAAGUGGUGAAAGUGGGGCCGCAAUGUUGCCUGCAUUCAUUUUCUUCGGCGGACUCAUACAAAUCUUAGGUGGUAUCGGGGAAUGGAUUAUAGGGAACACGUUUUCUUGCGCUUUGUUCUUUACCUAUGGCACCUUUUGGAUCGUCCAUGGAACUGGCCUCAUGCCCAUAUUCGCAACAGGGCUACACUACUCGUCCACUGGUGAUGCACUGGAAGGAAUGCAAACUCCAUCUUACCACGCUACUCUUGGGUUCUACUACGUUGCCUUGGCGAUGAUCAGCUUUGUAUAUACUAUAUGUUCAAUUCGGACCAACAUCUGUCUUUUUACUGCUCUAUUCCUCCUCGUCAUUGGGUUCUCUCUAUUCGCCGCAACCUACUUCCAGCUUGCGUUGGGAGAAGCUACGCUUGCCGCUCGACUCCAAUAUACGGCUGGUGGAUUUACUCUUGCGCUUGUGAUACCUAUCUGGCAUAUAUUCAUUGCACAGAUGUUGGAAGCGGUGGACUUUCCGAUCGCAAUACCGGUGGGCGAUUUGAGUACAGUUAUACUGGGAAGGAGCCAGAAGGCCCAGAUGCGGACGGAGGAGUAGCUGAGAGCCCCUUCAAAGGAAGUUCUGAGUAGUUCAGAAUGAACAGGUGGUGAAUGGAUCGUCGAGGCGAAACGGAGCAUGACAUGCCAUGG